GUUUAGCGGCUAAGAUAUUAUCUCCGUGUUAUCAAGGCUAAACAUGAAAUAAUCUUUCGAAAACUCUUACCGACUUUUUGAUUAUUUUAGAAUUUUGUCAAUACUCAAAGGAUAGACAAUGUUCGUUUUACGUUCACAUUAAGUUUAUUAUUUAAAAUAUUAAUGUCAAGAACUCUGUACGCGUGUGUUGAAGAGUGUUAACGGAAAUUUUAGUGUAAUCAAUUGAAUUAUGAAUAAUUUGUUCCUAUUUUUUGUUAUGGUUUUCUUGUGUUCAGCCCUUGCCCAAGAUCCUUCUGGUUACAUCGCUUAUUGUCCAUGUAUGGGUCGCUUUGGCAACCAAGCAGAUCAUUUUCUAGGUGCCAUUGGAUUUGCCAAAGCAUUGAAUCGCACACUACUGUUACCUCAUUGGAUUGAGUAUCGCUAUGGACAGCCAAAAUCUGUUCAGGUGCCGUUUGACGCAUACUUCAAAGUGGAUCCACUUUUAGAAUAUCACAAAGUGCAACUGAUGAACGACUUUAUGACUGAGUAUUCUGAUGAUCUGUGGCCUCCAGAAAAUCGUACAUCAUUUUGUUAUAUGCCUAGAGGUGAUGUAGGAGGACUAGGAGGAUGUAAUGCUAAAUUGGGAAACCCAUUUGAAUCAUUUUGGGAUACCUAUGGUAUUGACUUUUCUUUUUCUGAAUUUUACGCUCCUUUGAAUUAUGAUGUUUAUCAUCAUAAUAUGAUAUCAAAAUGGCAUGCAAAGUACCCACCAUCUAAAUGGCCAGUGUUAGCAUUUGUAGGAACACCAGCAAGUUUCCCAAUACAAAAAGAAAAUGUGAUCAAUCACAGAUACUUGAAGUGGAGUGAUAAUGUACAAAACAUGGCAAAUUCGUUUAUCAUUAAUCAAAUCAAACCAGGCAAGUUUAUUGGGAUUCACUUACGUAAUGGUAUUGAUUGGAUACGAGCUUGUGAACAUAUAUCACAGAAUUCAUUACUGUUUUCUGCUCCACAGUGCUUAGGUUACCGAAAUGAGUAUGGAAAAGCGACUGAAGAAUUAUGUUUUCCAACAUUUGAAACCAUUGUGAAACAAUUAAAAAGACUGAUUCGAAAACAUAGUGAAGACAUAAGCACAGUUUUUGUAGCCUCUGACAAUAAUCAUCUCAUUCCUGAAUUAUCACAAGCAUUAACAAGUUUUAAUUUAAAGAUUUUAAAAUAUGAUAAAGAUAGUCCACAUAUUGAUCUUGCAAUAUUGGGUAAAGCUGAUUAUUUUAUUGGCAAUUGUAUAUCUUCAUUCAGUGCUUUUGUUAAGCGUGAAAGAGAUACAAAUGAUCUUCCUAGUCAAUUUUGGGCAUUCCCUGUUUACCAAAAAUCCAAUCAAUUAACCAAGGAUGAACUAUGAACAAAGUAAUAUAUAUAUAUAUAUAUUUUUUUAUAUAAAUAUAUGGAUAAAUUAUAUGUAA